AUGGGUCAGGAUCAGCUGAUCCGCGCCUAUUUCGAGCCGGUAUUUAUUUCCAAGGCCAAGGUAGACCAAUUCAAGGAUGACAUUUGGCAUCAAACUAGUGAAUCCUCCAUGGUAGAAUCAACAAUAUCAAGUGCUUGCACAGAGAACUGGACUGCAGCCAAGGCUGUGGACAAUGAUAAAAUUACUGUGUUUGACCAGACAGGAAUUUUUCUUCUAGUGUGUCAUCAUGGGCUCAUCGAAAGUGUAACUGAAAUGAAAUGCAGUGGUGAACUUGCGAAAUAUGGUCUGGCCACAGUCAAUAGACUGCUCAAUGUCUGCAGCAUGGAUCAGGCUAUUGGACAUGAUAUUGCAUGCUCAUCUUGUAAAACAAUUGCAACAAGCUCUAUUGGAGUCAAGGCAGCUGGACUAAAUCUACAGGUUGUUGUAAACGCCUUCCACAGCUUUUCUCAUGACCACUGCUCGCCCAACAGCAAUUUUUUUCUAACUAUUUCAGGUGCAUUUCUUUACAACAACUAUGUUCAAGCUCUUCAGAUCAUUGAGACCAACAUGCCCAUCCUCGAGGAAUUCAAGCAACUCCAUGAUCUUAUGGAUGUGGACUUCUUUGAGUAUCUCAGCAAUGUUGCUAUGGAACCUACUUUGGAUGCAAUCACAGUGGCUUACAUCGAACAGCUUGAGAAGCUUCAAUAUGUGGAAGAAACAUAUGGCCGUCUUACUUCUGUGCCCUUUCUGAUGUACACUCCUGCAAAUUUCACUUGCACAUCUGGCCUCAAUGCCACCGCUCACAACAAUUCCAGAGCAUUCAAAUCUGAGCAUGCAUCUGCGCUACGCAAAUAUGAGCUGCAAUUGAAUGUUGUUGAAGAUUUCGAGCGUCAUCACAGCAUUAUGGAGCGGUGGCUACCGCAUGACCCAAAAUACAUGCAAGCAGUCAGAUAUUCUCAGGAACAUCAAUUCAUUUGUUUGGUUGAGGAAUUGGAGGGCUUAGUUGUUCGGCAUCUUUUUGAGUUAUCAAAGGCUAAUCUUGCCAGCACUGGCUACAAGAUGCGAAAACUCGCACCCUUACAAAAUCCACCACAUCCCGUGCUCAACUAUACCAAAAUUGUCAGUUACGCAUCUCUCGGUGAAUUUUCAGUUCUGAAACACUCAUGCCACGAUAUCCUCACAAAACCAUGGACUGUGUCUGCUAAUUGCGAGAUAGCCGCAAGGUAUUUCAAAUUGGUGCGAUCACAUGAAGAGAUUGUAUGGCUCAAUGUCAAGAUCAAAUGCUUACAUUGUUGGGUUGAGCAUGAGGACAGGACCACAUUGGAAGCUAUUGAUUCACUCCUCACUGAUGACCCAGAUUCUCCACUCAUAGCUAAGUUGAAGACAUUGUAUGCCAAGCACCACCGUGUCAACAACAACCAUUGCAAAUACACAGGUGAUCAUCUUCCUACAGACCAGACAGUGACUGCAUCCAAUGGAGACAGAGAUGAUGAGGGUAGCGUGAAUGGUCCUGAAGAUUUAGUGUUGCAUUCUUUGUAA